CAUAUUGGAUUCACAGAUAUUUUCAAAACCAUUCUAGUUUCUCACAUUUAUAUCCAAAAUUAACAAUGGCACCAACAUUUCUUUGCUCACCUGAUCAUCUUCUGCUUCUUCCUCCAUUUAGGCCACUUUCGGGUACUCGAAAAAUGGCUCUCGACCAGCGAAACAGAGCUUGCACAACCAUUUACGCAUCAAGAAGAGACACCCACGACCAGAAUUAUUAUUGCAAUGGUCGCAGUGUGAAUGAGAACCUGGUUGUUCUUCGAAAGCGAAUCCACGAGAUGAAGAUGAUGGAGAGGAACUACGAGCCGCCCUCGGGUUGGAUGGAUUGGGAGAAGCAUUUCUACACGAGCUACGAUGAGAUUAUAUGUCAAGCAAUGGGGUUGUUGCAAUCCCAGCUGAUGAACACUAGGCCAAGCAUGGCUCUUGCUAUGGUGGCACUAGUCACAUUAAGUGUGCCAACUUCAAUGUCUUUGUUAUUAGUCCAUUUGAUGGAGAUGGUUAAUGGGGGUUUAGCUGGGAUCCAUCUUAGCUAGUUAUAUGUAUAUAUAGACGCAUCAUACACAGUUGACGGUGCUACGAGAAAAUUAUUGUUUUAUUUUUUAUAUAUACAUAUAUACAUUUGUAAUUUGUAUAAGAAAGUUGUUUGAUAUCUUUUGAUUUUUUUUUUUUUUUUUGAAUAAAAUUAUGUGUACAUACCACAAUUAUUUACAUAUUAUGUGGUUGAUUUUUUUCUCUCCAUGAAGUAUAAUUUCCUCAAUGAGGUGCAACGGAAAAGGAAAAAAGCAGUUCCUUGAA